AUGUCUCUCACCAAUGGCUCUCCUGCAGAAGCUGCAAGAGCAGCAAAACUCUCAUCCCGAACUCUCGCCAUCCUCUCAACGGAAGACAGAAAUUCUGCUCUCCAAUCAAUUCACGAUGCACUCUCGGCAGCAAAAUCAGACAUCCUACAAGCAAAUGCCCGCGAUCUGGAGAUCGCAACAAAGUCUGCUGCUGAUGGUGAAUUAAGUCAGAGUAUCUUGAAAAGAUUGGAUCUUUCCAGACCUGGCAAGUUCGAAGAUAUGUUGAAAGGAAUUCUGGACGUUAAGGGACUUGAAGAUCCUGUCGGAAAGGUUGAUAUGCGUACAGAACUGGAUGAUGGUCUGAUUCUGCAACGCCAGUCAUGUCCCAUUGGUGUUUUGUUGAUCAUCUUUGAGGCUCGCCCCGAGGUUAUUGCCAAUAUUGCUUCACUGGCUAUCAAGUCUGCAAACGCUGCUAUCUUGAAGGGCGGCAAAGAGUCAACAGAAUCAUUCAAGAUCAUCGCUACAGUCAUCUCAAAGGCACUCGAGAGCACAAAGGUCCCUAAUGACUCGAUUCAGCUUGUCACAACCAGAGAUGCUGUGGAUCCUCUACUUCAACUCAGUCAGUACAUCGACCUUGUGAUCCCCCGUGGUUCAAACGAGCUUGUUCGCCACUGCCAACGUAUGGCUCACAUGCCAGUUCUCGGCCACGCUGAUGGUUUGUGCCAUUACUACAUCCACCCGGAUGCCGAGCCUGAGAUGGCAGCAAGCGUUGUUGUGGAUUCAAAGACAGACUACCCUGCAGCUUGCAACUCCCUCGAAUCUUUGCUAGUGCACGAAGACGCACUUAAGACUAUCUUGCCCGGUGUAGCAUCAGCUUUGCUCGCUAAAGGUGUCUCACUGCGUUGCGAUCCUGCUUCCAAGGCCGCACUCUCGGGAACACUGGACAAGGAUCAGGCAGCCAAGUUGCAGGACGCUGGCGAGUCAGACUUCGACACCGAAUUCCUCGAUUUGAUUCUCGCUAUCAAGACCAUCCCCAAGACGGAAGAUGCCCUUCAAGCCGUCGAUACUGCCGUCGAGCAUAUCAACAUGCACGGCUCACACCACACAGAUGCCAUUCUUACAUCUUCAGAACAAAUCGCUGAUCGCUUCUGCAAUGGCGUUGACAGUGCUUGCAAGUUCUGGAACUGUAGUACCAGAAUGUCAGAUGGUAUGCGUUUCGGAUUCGGUACCGAGGUCGGUAUCAGCACAAACAAGGUGCAUGCCAGAGGACCUGUUGGUCUUGAAGGUCUCUGCAUUCACGAGUACAGAAUCAAAGGUUCUGGGCAAGGUGCAGCUAUGUAUGGAGCAGGUGGCAGCAGACAGUGGAAGCACAAGAGAUUGCCGCUUUGA